GAUGUUGACUGUAACGAUUCUUCCUUUGCUGCAGACCUUCUCAUCGAGAUGCUGGGCGUGCUGGCCAGCUACAGUGUCACAGUCAAAGAGCUCAAACAGCUGUUUAGUGCCAUGAAAGCAGUCAACGGAAAAUGGCCGAGGCAUUCUGCGAAGCUGCUAAACGUGCUCCGGCAGAUGCCGCACCGGAACGGGCCGGACGUGUUCUUCAGCUUCCCCGGACGGAAAGGAUCGGCCGUGGUGCUGCCGCCGCUCGCCAGGUGGCCCUACGAGAACGGAUUCACCUUCACCACGUGGUUUCGACUAGACCCCAUCAACUCUGUCAACAUUGAAAGAGAAAAGCCAUAUCUAUACUGCUUCAAGACGAGUAAAGGUGUAGGCUACACGGCGCACUUCGUCGGCAACUGUUUGGUUCUCACAUCCAUGAAGGUGCGAGGCAAAGGAUUCCAACAUUGUGUCAAAUAUGAAUUUCAACCAAGAAGAUGGUACGCGAUAGCAGUGGUGUACAUAUACAACAGAUGGACAAAGAGUGAGAUCAAAUGCUUGGUGAAUGGACAGCUAGCGUCAAGCACGGAGAUGGCGUGGUUCGUCUCCACUAAUGACCCCUUCGACAAAUGCUACAUCGGUGCGACAGCAGAACUGGACGAGGAACGAGUGUUCUGCGGGCAGAUGGCCGCCAUCUAUCUGUUCGGAGAGGCUCUCACCACGCACCAGAUCUGCGCCAUGCACAGGCUGGGGCCCGGGUAUAAGAGUCAAUUCCGUUUCGACAACGAAUGCAACAUCAGUUUGCCGGAGAACCACAAAAGGGUGAGCGAGACGACCGCUCCCAAGCUUGACAGCGCUGAUGUUCCUUCUCCUCCUGAUCCCGAAACUCCCUCCCAAAUCCCUGAGAUUGAGCCGCCGCCUGAUGUAGCUUCUCCCGAGGAAGAUACUAAGCCCGCAGAACCAGAAGAAGCAUGCGUAGUUGUGAAGGAAGACGCGACUCCUCGAGGACGGCGCAUGGCCGACGAGGCGCGCGAAGUGGCCGCCGCGCAUGCCUCCAUGCUCGUAGAUAUUGAAGCAUGCAAGCGUGUCCUCUACGAUGGCAAGCUGUCAUCAGCCAUAGUGUUCAUGUACAACCCGGUGGCCACAGACGGACAGUUGUGUCUGCAGUCAGCUCCUAAAGGAAACGUCUCGUAUUUUGUACAUACGCCACAUGCGCUGAUGCUCCAGGAGGUGAAGGCAGUAGUGACACACUCAAUACACAGCGCAUUAAAUUCCAUCGGCGGGGUGCAGGUUCUGUUCCCCCUGUUCGCACAGUUGGACCUUCCGCACGACGCGCCCGCCACAGACCCCAAGAGAGACCCCAUGCUCUGCUCGAAGCUGCUGGGGUUCGUGUGCUCGCUGGUGGAGUCGUGCAGCACGGUGCAGCAGCACAUGCUGCAGUGCCGCGGGUUCCUCGUCAUCUCCCACAUGCUGCAGCGCUGCAGCCGCGACCACCUGACGCCCGACACGCUGGCGUCCUUCCUCCACCUCACCAAGCACCUCGUCACCUGCUGCUCUCCUAACUCCGACCUGCUGCUCAAACAGUCUUUCUGCCAAUCCUUUCUGACGUGGCAGCUGUUGGACCACAUUCUGUUCAACCCGGCGCUGUGGAUCCACACGCCGGCCGCGGUGCAGGCGCGCCUGUACUGCUACCUGGCCACCGACUUCCUCGCGGACGCGCACAUAUACGGCAGCGUCAGGCGCGUCAGCACUGUGCUACAGACUGUACACACGCUCAAGUUCUACUACUGGGUUGUAAACCCGAGGGCGAAGAGCGGCAUUACGCCUAAAGGAUUAGAGGGACCUCGGCCAGCCCACAAGGAUAUCCUCACAAUCAGGGCGUACAUACUAUUGUUUUUGAAACAAUUGAUCAUGAUUGGCAACGGAGUCAAGGAGGAUGAGUUACAGUCGAUACUCAAUUAUCUCACAACUAUGCACGAGGAUGAGAAUUUACACGACGUCUUACAAAUGUUAAUAUCAUUGAUGUCGGAACAUCCCAGCUCGAUGGUGCCCGCCUUCGAUGCCAAGGGUGGAGUGAGGACAAUAUUCAAACUACUUUCAUCAGAAAGUCAACUGAUCAGACUGCAGGCGUUGAAACUGCUUGGAUUUUUCCUCAGUAGAAGCACGCAUAAACGUAAGUACGACGUGAUGUCUCCGCACAACCUGUACACGCUGCUGGCGACGCGGCUGGGCGCCAGCGGCGAGGGCCUGGCGCUGCCCGUGUACAACGCGCUGUACGAGCUGCUCACCGAGCACGUCGGCCAGCAGAUACUCUACACCAGCCACCCCGAGCCACAGCCGCACUUCCGCCUGGAGAACCCUAUGAUCCUGAAGGUAGUGGCGACGUUAAUCCGUCAGUCGAAGCAGACGGAGCAGUUGCUGGAAGUGAAGAAGCUGUUCCUCUCCGACAUGACGCUGCUCUGCAGCAACAACCGGGAGAACAGGAGGACUGUGCUGCAGAUGUCUGUCUGGCAGGAGUGGCUAAUAGCCAUGGCGUACAUCCACCCUAAGAACGCGGAAGAGCAGAAGAUAUCGGACAUGGUGUACUCUCUCUUCCGCAUGCUGCUGCAUCACGCCAUCAAGCACGAGUACGGGGGCUGGCGGGUCUGGGUCGAUACUCUAGCCAUCGUGCACUCCAAGGUAUCGUACGAGGAGUUCAAGCUGCAGUUCGCGCAGAUGUACGAGCACUACGAGCAGCGCCGCGCGGACAACAUCACCGACCCCGCCGAGCGCCAGCAGCGCCCCAUCUCCACCAUCUGCGGCUGGGAGCGCCGGGACGCGCCCCCCGCGCCCCCGGCGCACCACCACCACGCCGCGCAGACUGAGAUCGGUGCCGGCCUGUCACUGCGCGAGCUCGACCACUGCCGCUGUAAUGCAGCUGCAGAAGCCGAUCGCAGUGGCGCCCUCUAUAGUCAAGUGUGCAAAGUGCAUAGCCCCAAACGAGAUGCCACCGAUGACUCCGCCAUCGACACGAGGGAAACUGCUCACUGUACCAGCAGUGAAGUAGAACAUGCCAUUGACGAAGUGGAAACACCCACAGACGAUGCAGACCGCGUUGUGUCCCCCUCCGAUGCAUCACCUUCGGAUAACGAACUAGUGCGGUCCAUCAUAGAUGACACCAAAUUAUUAGAAGAUCCAGAAUCAGGUGUUGGCACGCUGGAAAAGAGUGAUGAGCCACUGACGAGGCAAGGCAGUCUAGACUACAUUCCUGUCCGAGAUGUAGGAGAUGGUGUUUCAAAAGAUGAUGCCACCGACCGCAGUGAAGGCAUUCCUUCUAGUCUAUCAGUCAGUGAGACUGCUAGUCCAGAACGAGUCGCUGAACUUAACGUCGCCACUGAACGUGAGUCUGAACUGUCAGACCGGUCAGACUUGUACUUAACCCCUAGUGAGGCUACAAGCCCGAAGAAAUCAUUAGAUAAAGCUGACGAUGAUCCAGAUGACCCCAAGCGAGUCGCCAUCAACAUCGUCAACGAUGUACUGAGCAUCGCGCUCGAAACUGUGAGGCUAAAGACUGACGACGACACGGACUCGGGCGCCAUCUCCGGGGGACUGCACUCUGAGGGCAACACUCCCAACGGACGGGACGACUUCGAGCACGAGGGCGACGACGUCGUGGACGACAAGCGAACGGCGGAGACGAUCGCUAACGAACUAGUUACGGAUUUAAUUUCUUCGGUUGUGACAAAAAGUGAAAAUGUUGAAAUUGCUGAAAGCAGUAGUGAGACUGUUGUGGCGGAUAGUGAACAAGUUGAGCCGGUUAGUAAAGACGUUGAUUCGGAUAGUAAAACUGUUGAAGCAGAUAGUGAAAACGUUACUACGGACGACAAUAGUCCGCAGAGGGUCAUUCCCUCGGAUCACCCGCACGAGGGCAAUGUCCUUCCUCUAGAUGGUGAAUUUUUAGUCAAUUCUAGAACCGAAGAGGCUGAAAAAUUAGAUGUAGAUAAAAAAGAUGAAGUUACAGAAGAAAAUGAGAAAAAUGAAAGCCAAAGAAUCGACGCACCGACAACAGAAGAAGACGAAGAAAAGACGCCAGAGAUACCUCCGAUCUCAACUAUUAGUGAGAGUAUUACGUUAGCGAAUAAAGAGGCAGAGAGUGAAGAUGACAAUCAUGAUAGUGAGAGAGACAAAAGACGCGUCAGUUUACCUGGCGACGGUGAGAUGAAGCAGGAUAGCAGUAGAGGAGAAGGAGUGGCCACACAGGGUACCAACACUUCAGCAUCACCUAAGAGGCCGCGAAGUGCCUCUACUAGCACGCAAGUGGAUUCUAAUCAUUUUGAAACGAAGCGGCCGUCGAAGUGUUCCCGGCCGAUGUUCUCCCCGGGCCCGACGCGGCCUCCCUUCCGCAUCCCGGAGUUCCGUUGGUCCUACAUACACCAGCGACUGCUCUCCGACGUCCUGUUCUCCUUGGAGACUGAUAUACAAGUAUGGCGAAGUCACUCGACAAAGUCAGUGAUAGACUUCGUGAACAGCAGCGAGAACGCGAUCUUCGUGGUGAACACGGUACAUCUCAUCAGCCAACUGGCAGACAACCUCAUCAUCGCCUGCGGGGGACUGUUGCCGCUACUGGCCUCCGCCACCUCGCCCAAUAACGAGUUGGACGUGAUAGAGCCGACACAGGGCAUGCCAGUGGAGGUGGCGGUGACGUUCCUGCAGCGACUGGUCAGCAUGGCCGACGUGCUCAUCUUCGCCAGCGCACUCAACUUCGCAGAGCUCGAGGCUGAGAAGAACAUGUCCAGCGGGGGCAUCCUGCGACAGUGUCUGCGACUGGUGUGCACGUGCGCCGUGCGCAACUGCCUCGAGUGCAAGGAGCGCGCGCGCUACGCCGCCGCGCGCAGCCAGGCGCGCGCGCCCGACUCGCCCGAGCCCAAGAGUGUGGUGGCGAGUCUAGCCGACGCGUCGAGUCCAGUGAAGGACCCGGAGCGACUACUUCAAGACAUGGAUGUAAAUAGACUGCGAGCAGUCAUUUAUAGAGACGUGGAGGAGACGAAGCAGGCGCAGUUCCUGUCGCUGGCCAUCGUGUACUUCAUCUCGGUGCUGAUGGUGUCGAAGUACCGCGACAUCCUGGAGCCGCCGGCGCACGCGCCGCCCCAGUGCGCGCGCCGCCCGCAUGCGCACGACCACCACGGGUCGCGGCCUCUGUUCCCGCAGUGGUCGCACCACGUGUACCCGCAGUUCCUGCCCGGUGGGCACCCGGCUCACCGCCACCCCCACUCGCACUGCAAGCUCGAUUGCGGCCAACACGUUAACAAUAAUACGCUCGCACACACACGCAUCGCUAACUACCACCGCGCUCACGCAGAACACAAUGGAGAUGACGUGGAAUACGCCAUGAUUGUAGUCGAUGAAAACAAUUCCACUAUUAACGAUUUGGACUCUCCCUCAAUGAAGGACACGGAUGCCAAAGAAGAGGGUGUUGCGAAAAUAGAAACGACCACUGACGAACUGAAGCCAAAUACCGGAGAGAAAGCAAAGCCUAGCGAUAAGCCGGAUUUGUCCCCGGCCUCGGAAAAGGAAGAGCCGCUAUUCAAGUCGAGCCUCCGAGUCAAACCUCAGCCCAAACCCAAGAGCGUGGACUCCAUCGAGGACGCCGGCUCCUUCCACCUGAACUCCAAUGAGACCACUAACAAUGACCCUGAGACCUCCAGCGAAAUCGCACUUGAUGAUAACAAGCAUCCGGUGAGCAACGAUGAGUCGUGGACCGACGUGAACCUCAACGAGGACGGAGAGCGAGGGCCUGCCACUAUCACCGGCAGGACGAGAGACCACGAGGGUAACAUACAUGAAGACAUAGACAAACAGAUCCACAUGCGUAACUCGGAGUCCCACCACCACCUCACGCAGAGACACCAGAACAGGAACCUGCAGGCCGCGCAGAGGCAUUUACACCCCGACAACGAGACGCUAGCAGGUCUGAGCGCGAUGAACAGUACGAUGUCCGCGGACGGCGUGUCGCGCGAGGCCUCGCUCACCCACAAGUUGGAGACGGCGCUGGGGCCCGUCUGUCCACUGCUGCGCGAGAUCAUGCUGGACUUCGCGCCCUUCCUCUCCAAGACCCUCGUCGGCAGCCACGGACAGGAACUGCUCAUGGAGGGUAAAGGUCUCCAAACCUUUAAAUCCAGCACAUCAGUGGUAGAGCUGGUGAUGCUGCUAUGCUCCCAGGAGUGGCAGAACUCGUUGCAAAAGCACGCGGGACUGGCCUUCAUCGAGCUGAUCAAUGAGGGUCGGCUCCUGUCGCAUGCCAUGAGGGAUCACAUCGUCCGAGUAGCCAAUGAAGCAGAGUUUAUAUUGAACAGAAUGAGAGCUGAUGAUGUGCUCAAACAUGCUGAUUUUGAGUGUCUAUGCGCGACGAGUAGCGGCGAGCGCGCGGAGGAGGAGCGCACGUGCGAGCGCCUCAUUGGCGCCGCGCGCCGCCGCGACACCGGCGCCGCCGCCAGGCUGCUCGACAAACUGCGCCACGCCGCCGGCCACGCCGCGCAGCCCGGCAGUGGCAGUCAGUUCUGGAAGCUAGACUCGUGGGAGGACGACGCGCGACGCCGGCGCCGCCUGGUGCCGGACGCGCGCGGCCGCAGGCACGCCGCCGCCGCGCUGGCCCGGCCUCACCCCGCCACACAUCAUCACGAUGCCAUACUGCAGGCUACAGAAGAGCUUCACUCUCGCAUCGCAGCCGGCGGCGCGGGUCGAGGCGCGCAGCUCCCGACCACUGCCGCGGCUGAGCUGCUCGACGAUGCUGAGCUCCUGGUAGACGACAGGGAAAUUGAUGCCGACCUUACUGGUCCAGUGAACAUAAGCACGAAGGCGCGCCUGGUGGCGCCCGGCCUGGUGGCGCCGGGCACGGUGUCGCUCACCUCCACCGAGCUCUACUUCGAGGUGGAUGAGGAGGAUCCCGAGUACAAGAAGAUUGACCCAGAGGUGUUGAAAUACUGCGAGCACCUGCAUGGCAAAUGGUACUUCAGCGAGAUCAGGGCGAUAUUCUCCAGGAGAUACCUGCUACAGAAUGUUGCCAUCGAGAUGUUCCUCGCCAGCAGGACUUCCAUAUUCUUCGCAUUCCCCGACCAGGCCACGGUUAAGAAGGUGAUCAAGGCGCUGCCUAGGGUCGGCGUCGGCAUCAAAUAUGGAAUACCACAAUCCAGACGUGCAUCGAUGAUGUCGCCCCGGCAACUAAUGCGCAACUCCAACAUGACACAGAAAUGGCAGCGUCGCGAGAUCUCCAACUUUGAAUACCUCAUGUUCCUGAACACCAUCGCAGGUCGAACUUACAACGACUUGAAUCAAUACCCGGUCUUCCCAUGGAUUCUCACAAACUACGAGAGCGAGGAGUUAGACCUGAGCCAGCCCUCCAACUACAGGGAUCUUUCCAAGCCCAUCGGUGCGUUGAACCCGAGUAGGCGUGCGUACUUCGAGGAGCGGUACAACACGUGGGAGCAUGAGUCCACGCCGCCCUUCCACUAUGGCACGCACUAUUCUACUGCAGCGUUUGUUCUAAACUGGCUAGUUCGCAUUGAGCCGAUGACGACCAUGUUCCUUGCGCUUCAAGGUGGCAAGUUCGACCACCCCAACAGAUUGUUCUCAUCCAUUGCUAUGUCAUGGAAGAAUUGCCAACGAGACACCUCUGAUGUAAAGGAACUGAUACCUGAGCUGUUUUUCCUGCCGGAAAUGCUUGUGAACAGUUCAGGCUUCAGACUGGGCAUCCCAGAAUCUCCCUCGGGAGACGUAAUCCUUCCACCUUGGGCGUCUUCCGCUGAAGAGUUCGUGCGCAUCAACCGAAUGGCGCUGGAAUCUGAAUUUGUCAGCUGUCAGCUACACCAAUGGAUAGAUUUAAUAUUUGGAUACAAGCAACGAGGUCCCGAAGCGGUCCGUGCGACGAAUGUAUUCUACUACUUGACAUACGAAGGUGGGGUCCGACUCGACCAGAUUACAGAGCCCGUAACCCGAGCAGCUAUUGAAGAUCAGAUCCGAAGUUUCGGUCAGACUCCUGCGCAGCUACUGAGCGAACCUCACCCUCCUCGCGCGUCCACGAUGCACCUCGCCCCACUGAUGUUUGCUGCGGCCCCCGAUGACGUGUGCUUGAGACUGAAACUACCCUCCAACGCGGCUGUAGUCCACGUGUCUGCGAAUACUUACCCGCAAUUGACAAUGCCUGCUGUUGUUACGGUGAGCGCGGCGCGCGCGUUCGCGGCGCACCGCUGGGCGGGCGGCGGCUGUGCGCACGCGCCGCACGGGCCGCACGCGCCGCGCCACCAGCCCGACCACCACCCGCACCAUCCACUGCUCAUGGACCCGGUCUGGGCGGCGGGCGGUGCCCAGGCCCUGGCGAGGCGUCAGUUGGGCGACAACUUCUCCCAGCGAGUGCGCGCGCGCAGCAACUGUUUCGUCACCACCGUGGACUCACGGUUCCUCAUCGCGGCCGGAUUCUGGGACAAUAGUUUCCGAGUUUUCAGCACAGAAACCGCUAAAAUAGUACAAAUAAUCUUCGGCCACUACGGCGUAGUGACGUGCGUGUGUCGCUCGGAGUGCAAUAUCACCUCCGACUGCUACAUUGCGUCGGGAUCCGAGGACUGCACCGUAUUGCUCUGGCAUUGGUCUGCUCGUCAUGGUGGUAUUGUCGGCGAAGGUGAGACUCCCGCGCCCCGAGUCACGCUCACGGGACAUGACGCGCCCAUCAACGGAGUACUUGUAUCUGCUGAACUAGGCUUAGUCAUAUCUUCGUCAGUCAACGGGCCGGUACUGAUCCACACGACGUUCGGCGAGGUGCUGCGCGCGCUGGCCGCGCCCGACGGCGUCUGCGCCCCGCAGCAACUGGCGCUCAGUCGCGAGGGGGUCGUCGUCGUCGCAUACGGACGGGGGCACCUCGCCGCAUACACGCUCAACGGACGCAGGCUGCGGCACGAGACGCAUAACGACAACUUCCAGUGCCUGGUGCUGUCCCGAUGCGGCGAGUACCUGGUGUGCGGCGGGGACGCGGGCGUGGUGGAGGUGUGGCGCGCCUUCACGCUGGCGCCGCUGUACGCCUUCCCGCCCGCCGGCGCGCCCGUCUGCUCGCUCGCUCUCUCGCACGACCAGAAGUUCCUGUUAGCUGGUCUCGAGAACGGUUCCCUGGUUGUAUUCCACAUAGACUUCAACAGAUGGCACCACGAGUACCAACAGCGAUACUGAGCCUGGCGGUACCUUAGUUAUUAUUAAUAAACGUAAAUCAAUUACUUGCCGGACACACUGGCAACACCCGGUCAUAUUGUCAAUUACCGCGGCAGGUGUUGCCAGUCUGUCGUUGGGUUUACCAUUCGUAUUUAAGUGACGGCGAUAUAUUACGUUGAGAGUACAGUUCUAUAGAAAGACGUAACGGCUGCUAGUACUAUUAACGCACGUUCACUGUUCUUUACAAUUUACGCGAUAAAACAACAGAUAUUACGGUAUCUGAAAUGUUAUACUUAAAACUAUGUACAUCCAUUGCCGUACUUAUUAAUUAGUAAUUAACAAUGUAAAUUAAUGAACUGUAAAGGAUAGUGAAUUUAAUUAUUAAGUGUGGUAAUUUAAAUUGAUUCGCAGCUAAUAGCAGCUAGAGUUUAAAGUACCGCACCGGUCAACAUUUUAAAUAAUUAAAUUAUUGUUCGGUUGUAUUUCGACACACUAAUGCUAUAUUGGAUAAUACAACUGGCGAGUAAGUACUUAAUUAAUUAUAAAUACAUUGACAUUCCAUUGAUUUUUAUUAUGAUUGAUUUAGUAACAAUUAAUUAUACUAAUAAACUUACUUAAAUUAAUGUGACGACUUCAUAACAUUCCAUGAAAUUUAUACAAUUUACCAAAUUACUUAUUGUAAUAAGAUCUUUUUUGUUAAGAUUUGUUUCUAAGGUGAAAUAUUAAUGUAGUUGUAACUUAUUAUACUUUAUUGGUACUGAAUCAAUUGUUAUUUAUUUAAGUAAAUGAAGUCGUAGCAUUGUAUAACAAGAUGGAUGGAUGUAUCAGUGAGUGACACAAUCUGCCACACUUUGGGCUUAUAGUAUCUGUACCAUUAGUGUUGCCAACCUAGAAAUUUAAAAUACUACUAAAGUAGUUUUACUUUGACAAUGUAGCAGAGUGUUGUUGACUCGAGAUUUGAAGGAAUACGAAUAUUCAAUUCAUAAAAAUAGAAUCUUUCCAUUGCUGUGAUCGUAUUUUUUCAAACCAGAUCCACCUAUAGUAUUCUAUGUAUUAUAAAAAGAUUAUUUAAUCGUAUGAAAGAAUUAGUUUACAGUAAAUUAUUUAUGUAGUGCCAUAGGGUUUUAUUAAUUUAACGCAAUAUUAUAUUAUGUUUAUAAUUUUAUUUACACAAUAUACCAAGAUCUCUUGUUCAAGACGUCCAUUUUAUUAUUUUCAAUGUUUUAUGUAAAUUGAGAUUAUAUUUAAUUGAUUUAUUUAUUAACUUCAAUUGUGCAAUAUUUACUUAUCAUGAAUCACUAGCUACGUAUGAAAUUAUUUAUAUAUUUUGGAUUCAUUUUUAAAUUAUACUGUACGCUUUCUUCAGUCAUUCCAGUAUUUAAAAUAAUUUGGCACAUUCCUAUAUUUCAAUCUUGUGCUAUUUUAAUGGUGGUGGGUAAACAAGUACUUAAUUUUGAAUAUUAUAAAUAAAUAAUUGACGUUGUUGUAAUUAAUUUUUGGUUUUUAUUAAAUGGUUAUAGCGAAUUGUUUUGUUUCUUUUAUUUUUCCUUAUACCGUUUUAUUGCUAUGAUUUUAGUAGUUUGAAGUAUUUUACUUUAGUUUUAUAUUGUAAACGUUAUGUAUCACAACGUGGGCCACUUCGUGUGCAGCUGUAAAUAGUGGUAGUUAUCAAUAAAGCAUUAUUGUACUCGAGGAGGUCUGAAAACAGUGCGAAAGUGCCAAUACUGUCGUCAUUUUCGCUAAUUAAACUAUGUCAAUAUAAAGUUAGGACGAGUUUAGACUAUGUAAAUGUUAUGUAAUGCUAAAUAAAGUUGUGUUACGGCUGAGUGACGUCACAAACACGUUACAAAAGACAUAGUUUUUUACGCAUACGUCGUGUAAUAUUGUAUCUAAUAUACAAUCAAUUAUAAACUAUAUUUUUGCAUCACUACGCCAGCACCGCUCCUUCCGUUCUGUGAUUUAGGCUUAAAUGCACCUAGACAUACGAAAGUUUAUAUUCUUCUCGUCUUUUCCUAUCUCUGUGCCAAAACUAAGAUUAACGAAAUGAGAGACAGAUCAGUGAUUAUACUAUACGAAAUUAAGUACUAAUAGUUCAUUCAUAACUUGCUUCAAUAUAAACCAUACUCCCUCCUUCCCAGCAAGGUUCACCCCAUAGAUCGGUAACUACUUGUAAUUAAUGAUACUUAUUAAAUCAGAACUUCAUGGUAAAGAGCGUUCUUCUAGUCUUAGAUAAAAAUGUUUUUCUAUAAAUCUAUAGUCGAAUUAUUCACGUAGUUAUUAGAUAAUUGUACAAAUGACUCUUGAACCCUUGAACUCACGUCCCUCUGUAGUUGUAGUGUACCCAGUUACACGUAGAUUGUACCUUCUAUUCAUUAUAUUAUAGUUCCCUAGCUAUCUAUGCUUAUUGUAGACUAUUAUUUGUUAUAGAUGCAAUUUAGACUAUCGAUUUAGUUCGAGAGCUUUCGUCUUUCCAUCACCCACGGUCGAUCGAUUCUGUUAAUGUACAAUCGACCAUAAAAUUGCUUUGCUACCACUAGUACAAACUAAAACAUAAAAUAUUUAGUAGACACAUAUAUAUUUAGAUCAAUUGAUCAGUUGUCAUCGUCCGAACUGUCAUUUAAGCGUACCUAAGUAAAAUGUAUUAAAAAAACUGUGUGAAACUGGUGAUUGUGGUAAAGCAUUGUUAUGGUCUGGUAUACUCGAUAUAUUGUAAGCCUACGGUUAAAAAUCGUAAGUGAACGGUAAUGGAAACACUUUUUAAACUACUUGUACAGGUAUAAAAAUCUACUAAAAAUCCGGUGUGACCAACUUAAAAGCUCUAAAUGUUACUAUCUUGACAUCCUCGACUAUCCUAUCACCUCUAUCCUUCACUGUGUAAACACGUCACACUAUAAAAAUUUUGGUUUUAUCAAAGACACGCUACACGCAAUUCUGUCCAUUAUUAAUAAGUAGUCUUAGGUAGUGAAUGUUAAAAUAAAAUAAUAUUUUAAUUUGUAAGCUAAGUACACCUUGUAUGAUAAUUAUCACUGUCCAUUUAAUGUAAGCUACUUCAUAUUUACGAGUAAGCAUGGUAAUUGUAAAAGACGCUAAGAUGUUAAGAUUCCAAUAAACCCAUAAUUUUUAUAGCAUCUGCAAGUUUUCAAAAUGCCUAAACAGGUGUUCACUUACUAAUCCCGCUUUACGCGAGUUUUAAAACAGUAAAAAAAUAUGUAGAAAUCUUCCCGCCAGCCAGAUAGAAUUAUUUUAGAAAUUGGCAAGCUUUAAAAAUUAAAAUAACCAUGGCUUGUAUUUCAAAAAUAUAACACGAGUACCUACCGCACGCGUGAUUUACCAACCUACUGCCUUCGCUCUUUAAAAUGAAUCGCCUAAGUCAUAAACUCAAUAUACCUUAAAAUUAAAAGUUGUUGAAACGAUAGGUUAUUGAAUAGUCUUUUAGUACUUACUUGUAGUAAUUGUAGUUUCGCAGUAGGCUUAGUUUGGUGACAGCAUUUUUAUUGUUAUAUGUCGAAAAAUAGAUGAACUUUAUUGUUUUGUAAGUAAAUCAAGUGCUACUGACCAGUUUCCAGCUUUAGCUUGCUUCAAGUUUCUCCCUAAUAGUCCAGUAGCCUUUGAAAUUUUCGGUAAAAAUAAGUUGUAGGAAAUUUUGUUUUAGCGCAUCGGAUUAAAUGGUGCAAUUUGUUGACGAAAUGUAUUAAAUCCAAUUAUUUAUAAUGUUGUUAUCAACGUAAUAAAUACACAUUUGUUUGUUUUAAAUGAAACAAUUUACAGUUCUUAGAUACUUUUCAAAUUUUAUUUUAAAAUUUCCCGCCCUAUGCCAGUGGCCACAGAUAGUAAAUAUAACAUAGGUUAUAGAUUCGUUAUACAUGUUUAAAAUUGUUAUUAUAAUUACUUCUUAAUGUUUCACGAUCCAUAAAAUUAUUGUAUAAUUACAAAAAUAAAUGCACAUGCUUUUUUCUAAUAUCCACUGACUAAAAUGAUUGAAUGUUUAACUGUUGUUUAUAAUAUUUAAGUACUUAUAAAUUUGUUGUGCAGGAUUAUUGAUUUGCAUGACAAUGUGUUCUUUCAAUACUUUACACAUUAGGGCAAUAAAGCCUUGAAAUAAAUUAUUGUUAUGCUAAGUAUAUGGUGCGUUUGUAUGUAAUGAAAUGAUCUUGAGUAAUGAAUAAAUUGCAUUG